CCAAAUUCCGGUCCUCCUUCAGAAUCCACACGCUCCCCUCUCCCAGCUAUUGUCGUUGCUCUCCAGCCCUCGCCGCGUUUCGGCCUUCAUCCUCCAUUGUUUGGCUAUCACGCAACCGCCUGUUGCUCCUUGCAAACGGAGCAUUUGAAUUUUCACCAUUCUCAAUUGCAUUGUCGUCGGCGAAAGGGCUCAUUACUCGAGUUUUGUUUUGGUGGUGUCGCAUGCAGUUUGUUUGUUGCAUUAUAGGGUAGUUGGGGCUAUGAUUAUGACGAGGAGGCUGAAAAUUUGAAUAUAAUUUUGGAUGGUUUUCCUAGAGAAUAAUGUGAUAUGGGGAGCUCCAGAGUGAGGAUCAGAGCCCGUUGGUUUCCCCAUGUUGUGUUCAUCGUCGUUUUGAGAUUGUUGCCGUGCUUUUUGUGCCAGGACGAAGAUGAUUUCAGUAAGAACAAAAACCCGGCCACGCUUCCUCUUGUUACUCAGCUCUUGGAGAGCAAGCUUUCAAAUCUCACCAAGUAUUUAAGCAAAGACCUUAGAGGUCAUAUGGAGUACUGCAUUAAGAAUGUGGAAGAUGAUUGGAAUGGAGCAUUCAAUUAUACGGGGAGGCUUGAAUUCCUGUCUAAUUGUAUAAAAAACUCGAAAGGAGAAGUCAGUAGUCGAAUAUGUACAGCAGCGGAAAUGAGGUACUAUUUCUCGAGUUUCACUAACAUUGGGAUCACUGACGAUGGGGUACCGCAUCAGUUAACCUACUUGAAACCAAACCUGAACUGCAACUUGACCAAUUGGGAAGCCGGAUGCGAACCUGGUUGGGGUUGUAGUCUUGAUGGUGAGGACAAGGUUGACCUCAAAGUUUCACACAUUCCUGCUAGAACCACAGAUUGUCAGCCUUGUUGUGAAGGUUUUUUCUGCCCUGAGGGAAUCACUUGCAUGAUCCCUUGUCCUUUAGGUGCUUACUGUCCCCGUGCAAAACUAAACCAAACGAGUGGAUUAUGUGACCCAUAUACUUACCAAGUACCUGCAGGAGAACCAAAUCAUACUUGUGGUGGUGCAGAUGUUUGGACUGAUGCGAGUAAAACUGAUGUAUUUUGUUCAUCUGGUUCAUACUGCCCCACUACCAUAAAGAAAUACACUUGCAGUAGUGGAUUUUACUGCAGGAUGGGUUCCACAUAUCAAAAACCAUGCUUGAAGUUGACUGACUGUGGUCGAGGUACUGCAAAUCAAAAGAUUCAUGCAUACGGGAUCUUCCUUGUUGUUGCACUGAGUUUUAUUUUGAUCAUAAUUUAUAACUGCUCUGAUCAAGUUCUGCUGAUUCGGGAAAGAAAAGCAGCUAAGUCUAGGGAAGCUGCAGCAAGACAUGCACGAGAAACUGCACAAGCACGCGAAAGAUGGAAAGCUGCAAAAGAAGGCCUUAAGAAGCGUAAAGUGGGAUUGCAAGAGCAGAUGUCCCGCACAUUUUCUCGCAAAAAAUCUACAAGGAAUUCAGAGCCUCUGAAGAUUUCAGGUCAUCUUAAACCUGGUACAGAUCAUACUUCAACAGCACCUAAGAUACCUGGUACAUUAAGCUCAUCUGAGCAAUUAUCACCAGCUUCAAAAUCAAAGAAUAAGGAACCAAGCAACCUUACCCAAAUGUUGCAAUCCCUAGACGAUGAUCCGCAUAGUACUGAAGGCUUUAAUCUUCAGAUUGGUGAUAAAAAUAUUAAAAGGCAAGCCCCAAAAGUUAAAAAUCUGCAUACUCACAGUCAAAUUUUUAAGUAUGCAUAUGGUCAACUCGAGAAGGAGAAAGCUAUGCAACAAGAAAGCAAGAACUUGACCUUUACGGGUAUAAUCCAAAUGGCCAAGGACACUGAGGUCAAGACUCGCCCUGCGAUCGAAGUAGAUUUUAAAGAUUUAACUCUCACUCUGAAAGGAAAAGAUAAAAAUCUUUUGAGGAGUGUUACUGGAAAACUUUUUCCUGGUCGAGUUUCAGCAGUCAUGGGCCCUUCAGGAGCUGGGAAAACAACAUUUCUGUCUGCAUUAUCAGGAAAAGUAACUGGAUGCACUGUGACAGGUUCAAUUCUAAUAAAUGGAAAAGCUGAACCAAUGACUGCCUACAAGAGAAUCAUUGGCUUUGUGCCUCAAGACGAUGUUGUGCAUGGAAACUUGACUGUGGAGGAGAAUCUCCGAUUUAGUGCAAGGUGCAGACUGUCUGCCAACAUGCCAAAACCUGAUAAAGUCCUGGUUGUUGAAAGAGUUAUUGAGGCUCUGGGACUAGGGGCAGUGAGAGAUUCCGUGGUUGGUACUGUGGAGAAGCGUGGAAUCUCUGGAGGGCAAAGGAAACGUGUUAAUGUUGGGUUAGAGAUGGUCAUGGAACCUUCAUUGCUGAUCUUGGAUGAGCCUACGACGGGUUUGGACAGUGCAUCUUCCCAGUUACUUCUUAAAGCCCUUCGACGUGAAGCUCGUGAAGGGGUAAACAUCUGUAUGGUACUUCACCAGCCAAGCUAUUCCUUAUUCAGGAUGUUUGAUGAUUUCAUUCUUUUAGCCAAAGGUGGUCUUACUGUAUAUCAUGGAUCUGUAAAGAAAGUUGAAGAGUAUUUUGCUGGCAUCGGGAUUGUUGUACCAGAACGUGUUAAUCCUCCGGACUACUUCAUUGACAUUUUGGAAGGUAUAGUGAAACCAAGCUCAGGUGUGAAUCAUGAAGAACUUCCAGUUAGAUGGAUGCUACAUAAUGGGUACCCAGUACCUCAAGAUAUGAUGCACUAUCUAGAUGGAAUUGCUGCAAGCUCAGCGGGCCCAAAACCUGUAAUGAGGAGAGAUCAAUCUUUUGCUGGAGAUUUGUGGCGGGAUGUGAAGACUAAUGUUGAGGUGAAAAAAGAUCACUUAAGACAUAACUUCCUAGUGUCCCAGGAUUUAUCAGACCGAAUUACUCCUGGUAUCUUCCGGCAGUACAGAUAUUACCUAGGGAGGGUAGGUAAGCAGCGGCUACGAGACGCUCAAAUGCUGGCAGCGGAUUAUCUGAUUAUGUUACUUGCCGGAGCCAUCUUAGGGAUUUUUUCAAAAAUGAAUGAUGAAACAUUUGGUUUCAACGGCUACACUUAUACUGUCAUUGCUGUUUCACUACUUUGCAAAAUAUCAGCAUUGAGAACCUUCUCUCUUGACAAAUUACACUACUGGAGAGAGAGUGCAUCUGGGAUCAGCAGUCUGGCUCAUUUUCUAUCCAAAGAUACAAUGGACCAUUUCAAUACAGUCAUCAAACCUUUGGUGUAUCUAUCCACAUUCUAUUUCUUUAGCAACCCAAGGUCAUCGUUUCAAGACAAUUACAUUGUUUUGCUCUGCCUUGUGUACUGUACGACUGGCAUAGGUUACGCACUUGCCAUCUACCUUGACCCGAGUCCGGCCCAACUGAGCUCAGUGCUUCUUCCGGUUGUAUUGACCCUCAUUGCAACCCAAGCUAAAGACAGUAAAAUUGCAGGGCAUGUAGCCAAGUUUUGCUACACAAAGUGGGCACUAGAAGCUUUUGUUAUUGCAAAUGCCGAAAGGUACUCUGGGGUGUGGCUGAUCAGUCGCUGCACGGCAUUAUAUAGAAGAGGCUAUGACCUUAAUGAUUGGACCCUCUGUCUGGUCACCCUCGUGGUGAUCGGUCUACUUACUCGUAUCUUGGCUUUCAUUCUGUUGUUGAUAACUCAAAAGAGGUAGAUUGGUUCUCACGUCACCCUUUCCCCGGUUCAUCUUGUCCAUAGAUCCUACAGGUCAAAAAGGAACACACUUGUAAUUUGUAUCAUAGUAACUGAUCAGAGUGAGCAACAUUCUUCAGCAACAGGAAUUGAUGGCCAACAUUCUAAGCAGAAAUGUCCAUGCGUAGACGAGUAGAUCAGAUCCCACAUCCUUUUGUACAAAACAGGAACACUAUUCGGUUAACUUUGUUCUUUAUGUAUAGUUAGUAGUUUACAUUGAAAGUAAUAUUCUUGCACUGAAACUUUAAUUAGUUUCCUCUUUUUUC